AUGAUCUACGAUUCAGAUGCAGAGUACCCCGAAGCUUGGAGUUGUUUCAAGAAAGCGCUGGAGCUGGUAAACGACAGAAGCAAGAAAGCUAGAUGCUGCCCACACGUGUCAGCACUGUUUGUAGGAUUACAAUGCAGGUGGAAGAGAUAUGUAAGGAGAAGAUGCUCUGUUAAAUAUGAGAUGCAGCAGGUGUAUCAGGGGCGCCUAACAACGGGCAACUCUACAGUAGCGCAACUGGCUCCUGCAUGGAUAGGAUACACGGUGUACUGUACAGGGUGUGAUAUUGUUGUACUAGACGAUGCGUUUCACAGAGUACAGCUUAUAAGCAACAUUAGCGGCUGCAGAUCUCAGAUAACAGCUAUCACACUGUGUCCGCUAUCUGGCAGGAUCGGUGCUGUUUCGUCCCAUUCAGUGUACAUUCUAUCAGCUCAGUCUUCAGUAGAUGAUGAUGAAUACCCCUACACGUGGAGUGUAUCGUACACACUAUCUAUAGGGUCACGUGUAGCGUGUGCUACAUUCAAUAACGAUGGAAGUGAGCUUAUAGUGACGGGCACUGAGCUUCUUAUCUACAGAACUGCAGAUUGGAAGUGCGCCUGGAGUACCCAUUUGACAGAAGAAACCAGCCAAGUAACUGUUUCUCCAGACGGCAGAUUCUUUACAACCCUGUCCCGGAACUCUAAAGUUAUAAAACUAUGGAAGAAGAUGAAAGGAGGCAAGGAUUACAGGAGUGAACUGAUUCUGCAUCCUGACGUUGUUAUCGGAGCUUGUUGGCGGGCUGUCUCUCCUGAGCUCCCUGUUGACUCAGUGAGACAAGUCCUCUUGACAUCCUGUCACGACUGUAUCGGGAGGAUCUGGCUGGAGGCUCCAAGUGUUCAUCCCUCUAUUUCUGCUAGACAUUCUAUUACCAAGUCAUUCGUGCUAGGCACUGUGUUGGACCCAUUAAAGGAGUCAACUGAAAAGAAGAUUGAAGGAUCUCCCUACAUAUUCCAAUGGUUCAACAACAAAGCGCAUUCUUACAGUGUUUGUUUGGAGAACGCCCGGCUGAAAGGGGAGCUGAUGCUCUCUGAAGGAUUGUCCGUCAGUUCCUACGAUAUUGCAGAGGAGGAGGACUUUGUUGUGUCUGACACUGACCAGCCUAAUGUGCCGAUAAAGAAGGAGAUGUUGGAGCUGAAGAUGGGAAAAGUCAAGGACAUGAGAGAAUACCAAUACACUGAGUCUCAACUUCUCAAAUACUGGUACAAGAGUUUCGACAUGGUUGUUUGCGUGAGCCCUGCUACCGGCUCCUUUAUGGGGUGGAGAGUUGAGAAGAUUGAUGUGGCUUACCCUUUUCAGGCGCUCACUACUAGAUUCGUCCUUAAACUGCCUUGGUCCCUAUCAUACGCCGACGCAAGACAGCUGAAACCCUCCUUCUGUAUCUUCAACACUAGGAAGAUAUACUCGAACUGUCACAAGGACCGGCCAGUGCUCAGGAAUGCAAAUCAUCACUCUAAACGAACGUCGACAGUCACUGUUCCUGAUCUAGUAAGUUAUAGUCUCUGUUUCUUCAAGCUCAUUGUAUAA